GAUGUUUACACAUGUAUGUAUCGUUACUUCCAGGCGUACACAGUGGAUUACUACUUAUCCCUGGGGCUACCACCGGAGAAGAUGGUUCUGGGUAUACCUGCCUACGGUCGCUGCUGGACCCUGGAUGACAUCAAUGAUCACGGGAUGCUCGCCCCAGCACACAAUCCUGGGAAUCCUGGCCCUUACAUCCGCCUGUCUGGCACUUUGGGUACUAAUGAGAUCUGUGAGCGACUCUCUGAGGACAGCACCAACGACUGCACGGUGGUGCACGACCCGGCGCUGCACGAACCUUACUUCUACUGCAAAUCUGACAAGAUCUGGUGUGGCUAUGACGAUGCUGACUCCGUCUAUCUCAAGGCUCGGUUGGCCAAGAACAAGGGUCUGGCUGGAGCCAUGGUGUGGACCAUCGACACAGACGACUUCCAGAGCCUCUGCUACUCUGAGCCCUUCCACAUCAUUAAGUCGAUCAAGAGAGCUCUCAGCGAGCCGACCGGGGGAGACGUGCUGGUGAGUAUUGCCACCUCUGUAGACCGAUCUGUUCACCUCCUACCUGUGAUGCUUAUUCAUUCUCAUAAAUUAAAUACUUGUACCCAAUGAGAUCUCUCACUCAUU